UAUGAUUUUGAUUACUGAUCAAUGAUUGUGAAUUUGUAGAGCCGUUCAGGGCUUUCACCUCUUCCUCCAGAACUAGUUGCUCUCAACUAUGGUUGUGAUGCAAAUCAUGAUAUCUCUCUUGCUAUAGUUACUAGACCCAGUUUUAAGGAAUUGAAGAGGGAAAGGAGGGACAUUGGCCAUGGCAGUUGAGCUUAACAAGCAACAUGAGGAAGUGAAGCAGGAAAGAAGAGGAGUGAAGCAGGAAAGAAGAGGAUUUAGCAAGAGAUUGGCCACCAUUUGCCCCAGUUGUUCAUAAUGAUAUUGCCAAUGAUAUGCUCAUUUAUUGACAAAAGUUUAUGUUUAUUGCCCUUCCAUCAUUCUUAGGAUUGGUUCUGUGCUUUUUUUGGAAUGACAUAACUGCUACUGCAGCAUGCAUCGAAGGGGAAAGAUGGAAGCAUCAUACUGGGGAAUUGGAUCUCGUCUUCCCAUCAUGGUGACAGUUCGCAACAUCUUAUAAGAACUAAAGAUCAAACAUUACUGUUUUGAACAAAUACACAAUUAUCAAAAUAUCAAAAACAUGUUCAUAUCUGUUUAUGCCUUAUGGUGAACAAAAGGGAAAAACUCUUGAGAGGAAACAGAGAUUUGACCCUAAAGAUUUUGCUGAUUGUGUUUUCACUGGUUCUUACUGGGAUUACCUAAUGCAUGGAAUGAGAUUAUGUAUGCAUAUUUGUUGAGCAGUUGUAAAAAUCUUUGUGAUCCAUCUAAACCUUCUUUUUGGAUAUCU